AUGUAUUGGUCCCAUUCCCUCGACAGCUCUCGUGCACGCGCUAUCAACCCCCACAACACAGCCGAAUACUUCCGUCUCUUGAAGGAGGUGAUUGAGGGAGGAGAGGGAGAAGAAGAAGUCCCAACUGAGCUAAUUUACGGCAUGGACGAGACAGGAAUCCAGCUCGGUGUCGGGCAAUCGGAGCGCGUUCUUGGGCCAAAGGGACAGAGCAUUCAGUACCAACAGCGCAGUGGUGACCGCGAGAACGUCACCGUCAUUGUAACCAUCUGCGCAGAUGGAACAUCUCUGGCUCCGGCUGUCAUAUUCAAGGGCGAGAAUGUGGGACACUCUCCAAAUGGCUAUGUGACUGGCGACAUUGGUGUCGAAUGGAUCAAAGCAUUUGACACCGCUACGGAGGACAAGGCUCAGGGGCGCCGUCGUCUGCUACUUGUGGAUGGCCAUGUUUCGCACUACACACGCACCUUUCUUCAGUAUGCACGGGAGCACCAUAUCGACAUUCUCUGUUACCCAUCCCACUCGACUCAUGCUCUCCAAGGCCUGGAUGUUGUGAUCUUCGGCCCUUUGAAACAAGCCUGGACCGUAGCGCGCGAUGACUACGAGAACAGGGGAGGUAGGGUGUCCAAACGCAAUUUCCUCUCCAUCUAUGCUAGUGCACAUACAAACACGCUCACCGCCAACAACAUCAGAGCUGCCUUCCGGAAGACCGGAGUCGUCCCAUUCAACCCGGGUGUUAUCACUGACACAAUGAUAGCACCAAGCCUCGCAUCCUCCUCACACGGUGUUGUCCCCCUCCUACAGACAAGUCCUGUUCGCGCCCUCACAACUCUCAUACUCAAUGAC